AUGGGAUGAAACUCCUAGAACAUCCGAAGACGUUGGAAUGGAUACUCCCCGUAAAAGAAGCAGAUGGGAUGUAACACCUCAGGUUUCGACCAAAAAAUCUCGCUGGGACGAAACACCCUCACAUCCAGCUGCCCAAAUUGGAGCUACUCCUGUUGGUAAUCUGGGACUACUUACCCCCACACCUGGUCAUUUAAUGCCUAUGACUCCGGAAGCUCAACGUUGGGAAAAAGAUUUAGAUGCACGUAAUAGGCCUCUUUCAGAUGAGGAACUUGAUGCAAUGUUCCCAACAACAGGUUACAAGGUGCUAGACCCACCAGCAGGAUAUGUUCCUAUUAGAACUCCCGCACGAAAAUUAAUGGCAACCCCAACCCCUUUGGCGAGUGAUGGUUUUGUGAUGUUAGAAGAAGAUAGGAUGCAAACUUAUGAUUUACCAGCUGAUAUUCCUGGUGUUGGCAAUUUGCCAUUCUUCAAACAAGAAGACAUGCAACAUUUUGGCAAAUUAUUAGAAGAUAAAGACGAAAGUGAAUUGUCUGUUGAAGAAUUGAAAGAACGCAAAAUUAUGCGUUUGCUUCUAAAAAUUAAGAAUGGAACUCCUCCAAUGAGAAAAACUGCACUUCGACAGAUUACAGAUAAAGCAAGAGAUUUUGGAGCAGGUCCUCUUUUUAAUCAAAUUCUUCCAUUGUUGAUGUCACAAAAUUUGGAAGAUCAAGAACGACAUUUGUUAGUUAAAGUUAUUGAUCGUAUAUUAUAUAAAUUGGAUGCACUUGUUCGUCCAUAUGUUCAUAAAAUUCUUGUGGUUAUUGAGCCACUUUUGAUUGACGAAGAUUAUUUUGCUCGUUGUGAGGGACGUGAAAUUAUAAGUAACCUUAGUAAAGCUGCCGGAUUACCAACGAUGAUAGCUACUAUGAGGCCAGAUAUCGAUCACGUAGAUGAAUAUGUCCGUAAUACAACUGCUCGUGCCUUUUCUGUGGUAGCUUCGGCACAUGGUAUUCCCGCUUUACUUCCAUUUUUAAAGGCUGUAUGCAAGAGUAAAAAAUCGUGGCAAGCAAGACACACUGGUAUCAAAAUUGUACAGCAAAUCGCUAUCUUGAUGGGUUGUGCCGUUUUACCUCAUCUUAAAAAUUUAGUAGAAGCUAUAGCUCACGGUCUGGAAGAUGAGCAACAGAAAGUGCGUACAAUCACUGCUUUAGCUAUAGCUGCUUUAGCCGAAGCUGCUGCACCAUACGGUAUCGAAUCUUUUGAUUCCGUUCUCAAGCCUCUUUGGACUGGUAUUCGAAAACAUCGUG